GCUCGGAAGGAAUCCGCUCGCAGCGGCGGAACCUUGAGAACAACAGCUUGGUUACCACCGGAACCCGGAAGUGACUGUAGCUAGCGCCUGCGCCCUGCCAGCUCUGACCCGUUGGACUCUGGCGGAGCGGUGCUGGGGUUUUGGGGGGCAAACAUGGCAACCAGGCGUCUUACUGAUGCCUUCUUAUUAAUGCGGAACAAUGCCGUCCAAAACAGGCAAAUGCUGGCUGAGCAAGUGAGUAGUUCCUCCGGCAGUCCUGUGAAUGCGCAUAGCGCGGCCGCGGUGAGUGCCACCAUGGCAGAUGACAGGAUGGCCCUUGUUUCUGGUAUCAGUUUGGAUCCUGAAGCUGCCAUCGGAGUUACAAAACGCCUUCCUCCAAAGUGGGUGGAUGGAGUUGAUGAGAUUCAAUAUGACAUUACAAGGAUAAAACAGAAAAUGAAAGAACUGGUCAGUCUUCAUGAUAAGCACAUGAACAGGCCUACCCUAGAUGACAGCAGUGAAGAAGAACAUGCCAUUGAAAUCACAACUCAGGAAAUUACCCAGAUGUUCCAUCGGUGUCAGCGGGCAGUAGCUGGUAUUCAGAGUCGCUCCAGGCACUGCACUGAGCAGGAGGAGAGGGUUCUGCGCAAUGUGGUGUCCUCACUUGCCCAAUCUCUUCAAGACUUGUCUACAGCCUUCAGACACACACAGUCUAGCUAUUUGAAGCGAAUGAAAAAUCGAGAGGAAAGGUCAAAGCAUUUCUUUGAUACUCCAGUUCCAUUAAUGGAUGAAGAAGAAGAUUCUACUCUAUAUGACAGGGGUUUUACAGAUGAUCAGUUGCUACUGGUGGAACAGAAUACAGUGUUAGUGGAAGAGAGGGAGAGAGAGAUUCGACAAAUUGUACAGUCUAUCUCUGACCUCAAUGAAAUCUUUAGAGACCUAGCUGGAAUGGUGGUUGAGCAGGGUACUGUUCUGGACAGAAUUGACUAUAAUGUUGAGCAGUCUUGUGUGAAAACUGAAGAUGGUUUAAAGCAGCUCCAGAAGGCAGAACAGUAUCAAAAGAAGAACCGCAAGAUGCUUGCCAUCCUUAUCCUAUUUGUUUUGGUCAUCGUCCUCAUACUUGUGCUUAUUGCAGUCAAGUCCUAAUAGCACCGUUGUGCACCUUGAGUUCUGUGUGCCCAGCCUUUGUUCUUUUGGGACGCCACUCAUGUGCAAUGAAACUCUGGACUGGGCAAUGAAACUGGGGCUUGUAAUGGGUGAAGACAGGCCUUCACAGUCUGCAGGGCCAGGCUUCUACACAUGGCUGUAAGAAGGAGAAAGGCCCUGACACACUGUCUUUCCCCUCAGAAAGCUUGCAUUCAGCAGAGGACUGGUUUACACUAGUCACAAUAAAAUGGCCACUGCCCCUUAAGUAGCUGCUUUCUGUGGCCUUGCUGGUUAACAGCUCUGAAUAUGGGGAAGACUGCAAAAAAUCCUGAAUAAUUGUUGCCCCAUGGUGGAGAAUACUGCCCUUGAUUUUUACCUGCCUACAUUCUAAAAGAUUACAAAAAAAUAAUGUGUUUGUGAUUCAUCUUGGACUGCAUUUCAAGUACCAUCUGGUCUUCACUUUCCCAAAAUGUCAUAAUGUUGGCAUCUUGAAAUGAACUGGAGGAAAGAAUAAACAAGUAAGUGAGGAGUUAAGUCAUACUUGGCUCCCAUUUUAUAUGUAUGGGAUGCUAAACCACUUUGGUGGUUUAUUGUAAUGUGUUUUAAUUCCAGAGGUGUGAGAAUGUAAGCAGAACAAUUCUGCUGUUGUGGCUGUAUUGUGUAUACAAGUGGCAGUUUUCUGGGGACCAUGAAAGGGAUGCUUCUUUUGCGAAGCAUUUCUUUAAGACAGAAGCAGUACUCCUCUCCAUUGCACAGUUAAGACAGCCAAUGACCUGGACAGAUUGUUAAUUGUUAACACUACAGACAAAGGACAAGAAAUAUUGAGGAAGUCUAGCAAGGGUAUUUCUUGGAGCUAGCCCUCUGGAAUUGGAAUCUGCUAGUCUAAGCUCCUUCCAUGUCAGUGUGAUUAAUCUGAAGGGUAUGAGCAGCUGCUACUUUGACCAUUACUUUAGCUUUAUGUGGAGGACCCUCUGAGAGGUGUUGUGGUGGGUCUAUGGAUGGUGGUUUUAGUGCCACUUCCAAGAGCCAUUGUCCACAUUUGGGCACCAGAGACUGCUGCCUUCUGCAUCCUAUUAUUGGCAGUUAUCCAUUCCUGUAUGUACUUGUAUAAAACAAGUUCCUGGUGUCUUUUCAUGAAAUGUAAAAAAUUGUUGAGCCUCUGUUUCAAAUGAAUUAAUAUAUUUGAUUCUAAUCAUGUUAGUUAUAUUUGUUUGUGUGUGUGUCACGUUGCCCUUUUAAUAAACUAUUAUAGUGGGAA